AUGUUCGCUCCCUGCGAGUGCGUGAGGCGAGGGGGCAGAAGGACCAUGAAAAUGAUCCGGUUCCGGAGCUCGAGCAUCAGGUCGCUGAGCCAGGAGAUGAAAUGCACCAUCCGUCUGUUGGACGACUCGGAGAUCUCCUGCCACAUCCAGAGAGAGACCAAAGGCCAGUUUCUCAUAGAUCAUGUUUGCAAUCACUACUGUUUGCUAGAAAAAGACUAUUUUGGCAUUCGCUAUGUGGAUUCUGAAAAACAGCGGCAUUGGCUUGAGCCCAAUAAAUCUAUCUUCAGGCAAAUGAAAUCUCAUCCACCAUAUACCAUGUGCUUUAGAGUGAAAUUCUACCCGCAUGAACCCCUGAAGAUUAAGGAAGAGCUCACCAGGUACCUUUUAUACCUCCAAAUCAAAAGAGAUAUUUUCCAUGGCCGUUUGCUGUGUGGGUUUUCUGAUGCUGCUUACCUGGGAGCGUGCAUUAUUCAAGCUGAACUAGGUGAUUAUGAUUCUGAUGAACAUGUGGAUAAUUACGUCAGUGAAUUUAAGAUCUUCCCUAAACAAUCUCAAAAGCUGGAAAGAAAAAUUGGUGAAAUACAUAAAAAUGAAUUCAGGGGCCAGAGUCCAGCUGUUGCUGAAUUUAAUUUAUUAUUAAGAGCACAUUCAUUAGAAACCUAUGGUGUUGAUCCUCAUCCUUGCAAGGAUUCAACUGGGACCACAACAUUUUUAGGAUUCACAGCCACAGGUUUUGUGGUUUUCCAGGGAAAUAAAAGGAUACAUUUGCUAAAAUGGUCUGAUGUCUGUAAACUGAAGUUUGAAGGGAAGACAUUUUAUGUGAUUGCAAUUCAGAAGGAGAAAAAGGCUAUGUUAUCAUUCCAUACUUCUACACCAGCAGCUUGCAAGCAUCUCUGGAAAUGUGGUGUGGAGAAUCAGGCUUUUUACAAGUAUGCAAAAUCAAGCCAAAUCAAAACCAUGUCCAGCAGCAAAAUAUUUUUUAAAGGCAGCAGAUUUAGAUACAGUGGAAAAGUUGCAAAAGAAGUUGUUGAAGCAAGUUCAAAGAUCCAGAGGGAGCCUCCAGAAGUACACAGAACCAACAUUACUCAAAGUCGUAGCUCUUAUUCUUUGAGCAAACAACUCAUAAUUAACAUGGAACCUCUGCAGCCUCUCCAUCCAUCACCAGAUGACCAGGAAGAGGUUCUUUCUGAUGAAGGAAUCCAGCUGCCGAAAGAAGAUGACAUUUCUCUCCCUGUGAUAUCAAGCUCUCCAACUAAAGAAACAGAUGAUGGUUCAGAUCUUUCAGUUGAGGAGGGUGAGAAAAUCAAAGAGGAGCCUUUAAUAAUUUCAGAAUUGAUCUACAGUCCAAGCACCAGCUUGCUCCCCACUCCUGUUAACGAUGAGGAGAUAGACCUUCUCUUUCAAACUUCUCCAAGGGCAGAAAAUGGGAAAGAAGAUACAGAUUCAUUUGAGGAACUGGAGGCGGAUGAAAAUGCAUUUUUGGUUGCAGAGGAGGAAGAGUUGAAGGAAGCCCGGAAAGCACUUAGGUGGAGCUAUGACUUUUUGAUGGGUAACUUGAAGGUAAAUGCUGCUGUGAAGAGUUUUUCCAGAUUUCUUUUUGUUGGGCUUGGGGUAUUGCUUGUAGUUUUCCCUCUACUACUUGUCCUUCUGGAAUCAGACCUUGACAUCUCCUUCCUCCAUGAAAUUCGCCAGACACCAGAGUUUCAACAGUUUCACAUUGAAUAUUACUGUCCUCUCAGACAGUGGAUAGCCUGCAAAGUAGACUUCAUUAGCCAUUUGUUUGGCAGCUCUUAAACAUAAAAAAACGUGCAAAACUAAGGGCUAUAUUCAAAACUAGUGAAUUUUAGUCAGUAGUUAGGUGCUCAUAAACAUCCUGCAGGUUAUCUUCAAUUAGUUCUUUAUUUUGAUAGACGAUAACUUCAAAAUUCUUACAUUUACUUUUCAUAAUUGAAUAAUUGAUGUAGUAGUGGCCUUUAAGUAACCAAAAAGCAGUCUUUGUUUUU